CAUCGAAGCGCGUCCUCCCGCCCCUUGCGUGUUCAAGCUCCGCGCGCUGUCGGUACUGCAGCUCCACGGCCGGAACUCGCGCGCUCUUCGCCGCUGCUCCUUCUGGUCAUGUUCCCCGCCGUCCCUUCUCCCCGGACCCCGGGUCCCGGGUCCCGAAGGGGCCUGCUGGCCGGAGUCGGGCCGGGCUCCACGCCCCGGGCGGCAAGCAGAAAGGGUCUGUCCUUGGGGUCUGCAGUCAGCUCCCCGGUGCUCUUCUCGCCGGUCGGCCGGCGUAGCUCGCUGAGCUCGCGAGGAACACCUACACGAUUAUUCCCAUACCACUCCAUAACUGAGUCUACAAACUAUGAUGUGAAAACGUUUGGAUCUUCUCUUCCCGUUAAAAUCAUGGAAGCCCUAACAUUAGCGGAAGUUGAUGAUCAGCUGGCUGUUUACAUAGAUGAAGGUGGAUGGGCUUGUCUAAUCUGCAAAGAGAAACUCAUUAUUUGGAAAAUUGCUCUGUCACCUAUUACUAAGUUAUCUGUUUGCAAAGAACUUCAGCUGCCAGCUAGUGAUUUCCACUGGAGUGCUGACUUGGUGGCUCUCUCUUACUCUUCUGCUUCAACAGAAGCACCUUCUACUCAAGCUGUUGCUGUCAUGGUCGCCACCAGAGAAGGAUCCAUCCGCUAUUGGCCAAGCCUUGCCAGUGAAGAUACCUACACAGAGACUUCCGUAGACUUGGGAGGUGAUAAGACUUACAGUUUCCUAACAGCAGUGCAGGGAGGAAGUUUUAUUUUGUCGUCGUCUGGAAGCCAGCUAAUUCGGUUGAUACCUGAGAGCUCAGGAAAGAUUCAUCAGCAUAUCCUGCCUCAAGGGCAAGGCGUGCUUUCGGGAAUUGGUCGAAGGGUUUCGUCCCUUUUUGGAAUUUUGUCUCCUAGUAGUGAUCUCAUACUUUCAAGUGUUCUUUGGGAUAGAGACAGAUCAAGCUUUUACAUCCUGACAAAUUCAAACAUCAGUAAAUGGGAAUUAGAUGAUUCUUCAGAAAAACAAGCACAUAGUUGGGAUAUAAAUAGAGCCCUGAAGGAAAACAUUACUGAUGCUAUUUGGGGAUCUGAAAGUAACUAUGAAGCUAUUAAAGAAGGGAUCAACAUUCAGUAUUUGGACUUGAAGCAAAACUGUGAUGGGCUCCUGAUUUUGGCAGCAGCAUGGCACCCAGCAGACAAUCCAUGUCUCAUCUAUUACUCUCUGAUAACAGUAGAAGAUAAUGGCUAUCAAAUGUCAGAGACAGUCACUGUAGAAGUCACUCAAUAUAAUCCACCUUUUCAGUGUGAAGAUCUGAUUAUGUGUCGGUUGAUGGUCCCAAACUUUUCAAACCAGACUGCUUAUCUGUAUAAUGAAAGUGCUGUCUAUGUGUGCUCCACAGGAACUGGGAAAUUUUCUCUUCCCCAGGAGAAAAUUAUCUUCAAUAUACAAGGAGAUAGUAUUUUAGGUGCUGGUUCCUGUGGUGGUGUUCCAAUCAUUUUUUCUAGAAACAGUGGACUAGUGUCUAUUACUUCGAGGGAAAAUGCUUCCAUAUUAGCAGAAGACCUGGAAGAUUCCUUGGCAUCUUCAGUUGCUGGACCAAACAACGAGAGUAUGGUUUUUGAGACCACUACAAAGAAUGAAACUAUAGCACAGGAAGAUAAAACCAAGUUGCUAAAAGCUGCUUUUCUGCAAUACUGCAGAAAAGAUUUAGGUCAUGCUCAAAUGAUGGUUGACGAGCUGUUUGCCUCUCACUCUGAUCUGGAUUCUGAUUCUGAACUGGACAGGGCUGUUACCCAAAUCAGUGUAGACUUGGUGGAUGACUACCCAGCUUCUGAUCCACGGUGGGCUGAAUCUGUCCCUGAGGAAGCUCCUGGGUUCAGCAAUACAUCACUGAUUAUUCUUCACCAGCUAGAAGACAAGAUGAAAGCCCAUUGUUUCCUUAUGGACUUUAUUCAUCAAGUCGGCAUAUUUGAACGUCUAGGCACUUUUCCAGUCAGAGGGAUGCCGAUGGCAACCCGGCUAUUGCUCUGUGAGCACGCUGAAAAGUUGUCAGCCGCCAUUGUUCUCAAGAACCACCACUCCCGGCUUUCUGACCUCGUGAACACAGCAAUACUGAUUGCUUUGAACAAAAGGGAAUGUGAAAUCCCAUCUAACUUGACUCCUGCAGAUGUCUUUUUCAGAGAGGUGUCCCAAGUAGACACCAUCUGUGAAUGUUUGCUGGAGCAUGAGGAGCAAGUCUUGAAGGAUACAUUGCUGGAUUCCGUGGAAUGGGCUGAGGUGGUGAUCAAUGUGAACAAUAUUCUCAAGGAUAUGCUGCAGGCUGCUAGUCAUUAUCGCCAAAAUAGAAACUCCUUGUAUAGAAGAGAAGCACCACUAGAAAAAGAACCUGAGUAUGUUCCGUGGACAGCAACCAGUGGUCCUGGUGGCAUCCGAACAGUAAUAGCACGCCAGCAUGAGAUUGUCCUGAAGAUAGUUUAUCCACAGGCAGACAGCAACCUCCGGAACAUUGUGACAGAGCAGCUGGUAGCACUAAUCGAUUGCUUCCUGGAUGGUUAUGUUUCUCAGCUCAAGUCUGUGGACAGAGCCAAUGAUCAGGAAAGAUUUAUCAGUCUGGAUGAGGAGUACCUACAGAAAAGAUCAGACCUCUUAUCUCCUCUUCUCACACUAGGCCAGUAUCAGUGGGCUGCUUCUCUAGCAGAGAAAUACUGUGACUUUGAUAUCUUGGUUCAAAUGUGUGAGCAGACUGACAACCAGAGCAGACUCCAGCGCUACAUGACCCAGUUUGCUGAUCAGAAUUUUUCAGAUUUUCUCUUCCGUUGGUAUCUGGAGAAGGGAAAGCGAGGCAAGUUGCUCUCUCAGCCCAUUUCUCAGCAUGGACAGUUGGCGAAUUUUUUGCAAGCUCAUGAACAUCUCAGUUGGUUACAUGAAAUUAAUAGCCAAGAACUAGAAAAGGCUCACGCAACACUUCUGGGUUUGGCAAACAUGGAAACUCGUUACUUUGCAAAGAAAAAAACCCUUCUUGGCUUGAGUAAAUUGGCUGCUUUAGCUUCAGACUUUUCAGAGGAUGUACUGCAAGAAAAAAUUGAAGAAAUGGCUGAGCAGGAGCGCUUCCUACUGCACCAGGAGACUCUGCCUGAACAGCUGCUAGCAGAGAAACAGCUAAAUCUCAGUGCCAUGCCAGUGUUGACAGCACCACAACUCAUUGGCCUAUAUAUCUGUGAAGAAAACAGAAGAGCUAAUGAAUAUGAUUUCAAGAAAGCUUUGGACUUGCUGGAAUAUAUUGAUGAGGAAGAAGAUGUAAAUAUAAAUGAUUUAAAGCUGGAAAUCCUUUGCAAAGCUCUUCAGAGAGAUAACUGGUCCAGUUCAGAUGGUAAAGAUGAUCCAAUUGAAGUAUCUAAGGAUAGUAUAUUUGUGAAAAUCUUACAGAAACUUUUGAAAGAUGGCAUUCAGCUCAGUGAAUACUUACCGGAGGUGAAAGACCUACUACAGGCAGAUCAGCUUGGAAGCUUAAAGUUCAAUCCUUACUUUGAGUUUGUUUUAAAAGCAAAUUAUGAAUAUUAUGUUCAUGGACAAAUGUAACUUUUUCUAAAAGUGGUCAUUGUUUCUGAAAUUUAAGUGUGUCCUUAUAAAAAAUUUUAGGCCUUAAACAAUUAAAAGUUUGUACAAUUUUAUAACAUGUAUAGCUGAGUUUUUUAUACUUUGUAAGGAAGCUGACAUAAAAUAGUUAUGUAACUAUAAUUUUGGUUUUCAGUUAUGACAUUUUAUUUCCUCCU